CAGUUGGUUCAUUGCAGCAGCCAUCAUGUCUGGAUCAGGAAGCAGACGAUUCCCAGGACCACGAAGUCGUGGUGUCCAUGGGAGAAGUGGCUUCUCCUCCCUGUUUAAGUCAACACUGACCCCAGCCUCGGCCUCAGCGCAGCAGGAGACGCAGCCCCUCCUCCAGCCGUCCAGACGCACCUCUCCGCCAGUCAGACUACGGGACAGCUACGCGACAUCCUCCCUCAGCAGCAGCAGCAACUCGGGAUCCUACAAAGGCAGUGACAGUAGCCCCACUCCCAGACGUUCGAGUAAAUAUUUGUCCUGCAGUGAAAACCAUGGGAUCAAGCCACCAACUCCAGAGCAAUAUCUGACCCCUCUGCAGCAAAAGGAAGUCUGCAUCAGACACCUGAGGGCAAGGCUAAAGGAGACGGAGGAGAAGCUGGAUGAAAGGGGUGGGGAGGUGGAGGAUUUGAAAUUGCAGCUGUCAAGGAUGCAGGAAGAUUGGAUCGAAGAGGAGUGUCACCGUGUGGAAGCCCAGCUCUCCCUGAAGGAGGCCAGGAAGGAGAUCAAGCAGCUAAAACAGGUGAUCGACACAGUGAAGAAUAACCUGGUGGAGAAGGAUAAAGGCAUCCAGAAGUAUUUCAUUGACAUCAACAUUCAAAACAAGAAGUUGGAAACUCUGUUACACAGCAUGGAGUUGGCGCAGGAUGGUGCUUCUCUGUCUGCCGCUGGCUCUCCAGCCCGGUCUCUGACCCACAGCUCCACCUACACCAAGCUGAGUGAGCAGGGGCCUGAGCUCCUGCUCCUUGAUGGCACUGAUCUUCCUCACCGUGGCUCCCUCGCCUCUGGGAUCGACCGCGCUGCAGAGGCUGCUGCCCUCGCAGCACCAUCCUUACUGCGGGAGGGAUAUGGGCCAUCAGCCAGGAUCCAACUGGGCACUGUCCGCGAGCAGGGCAUCCAGACUGACUUCUCCCCCUGUCAUCCUGACCUGGAAGUGAUAGCGGAGAAGGUCCUGAGGUCAAGCACCUUUGACCCUGGCGGCCUCACCGCGGGGGCAGAGGAUUUGAGACCGCUCCCUGACCCACAGACACCACAGACACGACAGACCCUCGAUGGGAGUCCCGAUCUGCGGCUAGUUCCUGUGGAGGCAGUGCCCGAGACCCCUGGAGCAGGAGUGCCACAGGUGCCCAUCCAGCCGGCUCUGGAUGAAGCUCCCGGUCAAGUAGCACACUGGAGCCGGUAUUAUAUUGUGGAUCUGCUAGCGGUGACAGUACCUGCAGUACCUACUGUUGCCUGGAUUGUCAGCACCCAGCGAGGCAGCUCGCAGCCUCUCUACAACAUUGGGGUGUUGCUGCGCAGCUGCUGUGUCCUGGCUCUGCAGUCCCUACGACGAUACAGCACCAAUCCAGCUUCCCCAAACCACCCUCCAUCCUAG